AUGUUCCUCGUUCUGCUCCUGGGGCUCUACGUGGCCACAGGUGCACUUGUCUCCCCAGUGAGCUCCUGCCCGUCGCAGUGCAGCUGUUUUUUCCACAACCUGAGUGAUGGAUCAAAGGCCAGGAGCGUGAUUUGCAAUGAUCCCGAGAUAUCUCUUGUGCCUGUGGGGUUCCCUGUUGACACGUCCAAGCUGCGGAUCGAGAAGACGGCCAUCCAGCGGAUACCAAGCGAAGCCUUCAACUACCUCUCCAGUCUGGAAUUCCUGUGGAUGUCUUUCAACACCCUGUCCGCCUUGAAUCCGGACAGUUUCAGGGGGUUGUUCAACCUGGAAGAGCUUCGUCUGGACGGCAAUACCCUCACCGCCUUUCCCUGGGAAUCUAUCAUGGACAUGCCCAGCCUCAGACUUCUCGAUUUGCACAACAACCAGCUCACCUCGCUGCCCGCGGAGGCCACAACAUACAUCAAGAACCUCACCUACCUGGAUCUGUCCAGCAACAAUCUGCUGACCCUGCCGGCAGAGGUGCUGUCCACCUGGCUGGCGGUGAAACCAGCGCAAGGGCCAGAGAGCUCCAAAAUGAUACUUGGUCUCCAUGACAACCCCUGGGUGUGUGACUGUCGGCUCUACGACCUGGUCCAGUUCCAGAAGUCUCCAACGCUUUCAGUGGCGUUCAUCGACACGAGGCUGCGGUGUUCAGCUCCGGAGAGUGUGUCGGGGGUUUUGUUCAGUGAUGCGGAGCUGCGCCGCUGUCAGCUCCCACGUAUCCACACUGCCGUGGCACGAGUCCGGAGCGCUGUUGGAAACAAUGUGCUGCUUCGUUGUGGAACCAUUGGAGUCCCCAUCCCAGACCUGACAUGGCGCAGGGCAGAUGGACGAGUGCUCAAUGGAACAGUCCAGCAGGAAACCUCAAAGGAGGGAAUCACCUGGUCCAUCCUCAGUGUCCCAGCUGUGUCCUAUCGUGAUUCAGGGAAAUACAUCUGCAAGGCCACUAACUACGCAGGGAACGCAGAGGCUGUCAUUUCUCUCGUCGUCUCUAACUCACCAAAACCAGAUGGGAACCAGACCAGCAAUGACAAGAAAGCCAAAGUCAAGAAACCCAACCAGAUGGGCAAAGCUGCCUACCAGGAGAAACUGGUGGCCAGAUAUGUGGUUCCAACCUCCACCCCUUCAUCCCUGCCUGCCCUGGAUCCUGGCCUUCCACCUGGGCUUGGUCCUGAUCCUGGACUAGCCAGUUACAGCCUGGCUGACAGAGCCACACCAGGGCCCGCCACCUCCUCCAACCCAGAUGCACUGCUGGAUCUGGAGAAGACUAAUCUAAGCAACUUGGCAGCCAACACCUCAUCGCUGCAGCAGGACCCAGACAGGGUGGUCCGCUCAGUAAAAGUAGUGGGGGACACAGACAAUACAAUUUCUCUAAACUGGAGAGCCCCUAAAGCCAAGAACACGACAGCAUUUAGCGUGCUGUACGCUGUGUUUGGAGAGAGGGACAUGAGGAAGAUCAAUGUUGGGGCUGGACAGAACCGUGUAACCAUCGACGGACUGGUGCCCAGGACCAAGUACAUUGCCUGCGUGUGUGUGAGGGGGCUGAUCCCCAAGAAAGAGCAGUGUGUCAUAUUUUCCACUGAUGAAGCAGCCAGUGCCACUGGCACCCAGAGGCUGAUCAAUGUGAUUGUGAUCACAGUGGCCUGUAUCAUCGCUGUCCCGCUCACCGUCAUCGUGUGCUGUGGGGCGCUGAAGAGACGCAUUCAGAAGUACUGGGGAAAGAAAUCCAAGGACAUCCAAGAUUCAUAUGUGACCUUUGAAACACUGUCGCCCGGCACAAAGGCCAAAGGGCUUGAGGGCGAGUAUUUAAACAGACUGAACCCAGAGGAGUCCAACAGGCUGCUGUCAGCCCGCUCCAGCCUGGACUCUGAGGCCACAGCUAAGAUAGAGGGACAGCCUAACGAGUACUUCUGCUGACGUCAUGCUCCAGCUCCGGCUCCUGCUCCACGCCAUCUUCCUCGCACUCACCCGCAUCCACGUCCCGGUCCAAACCCUAAUACCCAUUCACAUCCCCAUCCUCAUCACCACCCCCAUCCCCAUCACCAUCCACAUCCAUAUUCACAACACCACGCACACUCUCACCCUCACCAACACCCUGACGUCAGUCCCCCUCCCACCCGCUCCCAUACACCCACACCAUGGGAUUCCCCCCCACCUGUUCCCCCUCGCUGGAUCACGCCACCGACUCCACCGCCACAGAGAGCCAACUUCUAUCAAAGGACUUUUGCACGCUGCACUAUCAUGGAAAUAUCAGUUUAGAGAAUAUUCACAUUUUAAUUCACUUGUUUUUUUUUUCCAGAUAUGGACUGUCACACAUGUACCCACACAUUAAUAAUCGACAACAUCCAAACACACUCAUGCUUUCAUGUCUAAAAGAAUGUUUUUAUCACUAAGCCUGUAAGAGAAAACAUGUCAAAAGCUGAAACAAUCAUUGUAAUUUAUAUUUCAUUUCACUUGCAUGGCCCAGCAAAGAAACCUCUGCAACCUAAUCUGAUUUUAAAGGGAACUCAACGGCAGACACUCCAUUGUUUAUAUCAUAUAUGUAUGUGCAUGAUUUGUAAAUACGUUACUGGAUGAUGUACACUUACAUAUAAAGUUAAGUCUGUGCCUCUGUAUAUAUCCGUCAUACGUUCUCGGAGAAGAUAUACACAUAGGCAUGGUUCUAAACUCUGGUGAAUGGAGAAAAAGCUGGAGCUGGAGAGAAGUACAGAAAGGACUGAACUAUGACACAAUGUAAAUAGCGUGGAAAUGAUGCAAAAUGAAAUAUUAAACAAUUUCUACUCCCAGCAACGAGACACUUAAUGAAAUAUCUCUAUGUACCUGUUUUGUGCCACUUAGAGGCAUCAUUACCCCAUUAA